GGUGGCUCUUCCAUCCCUCACAGCCACCACCGGCUCAUCUCUCAUCCGAACACGCAGCUCCAGUGGCAGAGAGCCAGGAAGGGCCUGGGCAAGCUGCAGGGGCAGAGGAGGACAGGCUUCCUCUGCUUCCAUUUUCUGCAGAACAUCCCUUCCAUUCAGAGCAGCAGAGAGUUUGGAGAAACCUAAGAUGGGCAAUGGUAAAUCCUGCUUUUGGGGAUACGCAGGGACUCUCGGAUGAGCAGCUCCCACCGUGUAAAAGUCCAUGGAGUUGUAAGAACACUGAGGGAAGACAGAGAUCAUCUAAGGGAUAACCCACUGGGAACUGUGAUAAUCUCAGUAAUAUUCUUACUGAUUUCAGGCAGAGUUGGAGAGAGGUUGAAAAGAACCUUUGCCUGCUCAGAGAAUGGUCUUCUCCUCCCCAGCCGAAUCCCCGUCCCACUGUGGAAGAUCCACACAUCCCACUGGACUGCAGACAGGCUGCACAGAGCUCUCCUCUGGCUGGUCAUGCUGCUGUCACUGUGGCUGCCCCUGAGGUCACCACUGUGCCCUCACCUGUCCCUUCCUGGCUAUCCCACCCAGCAGAGCCCAGCUCUGGGAGCUCCCCCCCCAUACGGCACUGCAGCACCGAGUAAUUUAUUUCCUCUCUUCACUUCUGUAUAAAACGUGUGAUGAGGUUUAAUCUGUCAUUACCUCCCUCCCAGUGCUGUGCUCGGUGGCCUGCUGCUAAGCCCAGACAGGGAGAUUUACAUCUUAUCUAACAGGAGUGCAAGAUUUAUGGAUAACUCCCAACAAGGAGCACAUCAUGCCAGAAAGACACUUUUGUGCUAGUAACUUGAUCAGUCAUUAUGCUUUGAGUUGACAUCUAAUUAAGCCUCCACAGGCAUCAUCAGGUCCAGAACAGCUCUUCAGGAGGAGAAAAUCCACCUCUAAGUACCACGGUGGCAGCUUAUCCCCAACCUUGCACUGCUGGAAGUGAUAAUAACGCUCCCCAGAAAAUCCCCAGUCUCAGGGAGAGCUGCUGAUACCACUUGAGCUGGAACAAGGAAUCACAGGGGCAAAUUCCCAACUGCUGCUCUAAAACACAGCAAAGACUCAUUUCUCAGAGAGUUUUCUAGGCCGUGUCCAAGUCCCUACCAAAGUCAGAUCCCAUGAAACACCUUCCAUGGCCCCAAGGGAUUAAUCUGGGGGUUACAACCUCCUCAAUGGAUUUACUUUUCUGAACACAUUUCUUGCCUCUCAGUGGGCUGUGCACAUCAGUGUAGAACUGUAAAUCCUGCUCUCCCUUGGCAGGCUGCUCUGUCUUCAUAUUUUCUCUUGACACAGCUCUCUGGAUGCCUUCAGUGGAAAUGCACAAUGUGGCUGGAACUCUGCUUUUCUUGGCAUCUCCCUGUCAGGCUGAGCAGAAAGGCAACACAGCCCUGGGGAGAGCCAAGGGCUUUGAACAUGUCAAAAUGCACCUGGAACCAGCACCCAGUACCUCAAGUCACCAGUGCACAAAGGACAAUGGAUGCUGCCCAGGCAGCAGGUGUUUCAACAAGCACUGAACACCUCACCCUUCUGCCAAGAGAGCUGGACUAAAAUGGGCAACUCAACCCUCUCUGGAAGGCUGGUCAUGCCUCAGAGUUGAGAUCACAAAUGUCAGGGAGGCAUGGGAAGUCCCAGUGCAGAGCACAAAGGAGAGCUGGAACACCACAGUGAAGACAAGCUGCCCCAGCACCUGCUGUUCAACACUUCACCUCGCCAGGUCAGCAGCCAAUGUAAUCAACUCUAUGGGGAAACAAUUAAAAUGGUACAGAAAUCAAAGUGUCCCCACAGUGUCCGUGUUCCCAACCCUCUUUGCCAACUCCUGCCCCAUCAGCCUUGGUUGGAAGGAUAUAUAAAGCCAACUGAAUUCCUCAGUGUGGCCACGACAAGACACGGACCGAGUCAGAAGAAUGGGAAGACUGGCCAGGAGAGGUGCUGGCAUGGCAAUGCUCGGCACCCUGAGCAUCCUCCUGAGCCUCCUGGUCCCGGCUCACACCAUCAGGUCACCCGACUGUGGGGGCAUCCUCACCCCAUCAGGACUGAAAUACCUUGCUGAAGUUUCAAAGCCACACGCAGAGUCAGUCCUCAGGCAAGACCUCAUGGCCCCGCCCGCCCCAGACCCAUCUCUCGCCUCCCCAAGCAGGAACCAAAUUAACUCCGUAAAGGUUGACGAGUUCUCCCUGACGCUCGUCCCCGACACCGGGAUGCGGCUGAGCAUCGACGUGGACCUCGGCAUCACAUCUACCCCCUCGACCACCAAGGAGAUGCAGCUGUCCAUCCUGGCAGACCUCCAUGUGGAGAUGAACCCUGAAGGGAACCUGGAGCUGGUGACCUCUGCCUGCAAACCCACCCUGGAGGAGCUGCAGAGCACCGAGGAGAUGGACAGCACGUCCUCAGGAUCAGAUGUGGACAAGCAGAUCAAUGUAGAAAAGAUUUGCCUGGAAGUCUCCAAACUGCUGCUUUUCCCAAACGAACGUCUGAUGUCUCUGGCAGCUCCUUUCCCCAUCACACCCACCUGCCAGGUCCGGUACGUGCCUCUGGCUGCCCCCAUGUACUCCGAGCAGGGAAUCGUCAUCUCCUUGCAAACGACUUUCCAGGUGUCAGGGACGGCGAUCCCCCUGCCAGUCAGCCCUGUGCCUUUCAGCAUGCCCGAGCCAGCAAGAUCCAGCCCUUCCCACCUCACCUUGGCUUUCUCUGAGCACUUCUACAACAGCCUCUUCUUUGCCCUGGAGAUGGCUGGAGCCUUCAACAUGACCAUCCUGAGCCCACUGACCACUACCACCCUGGUAGAGAAGAUCACUCAGAUGGGCUCCCUCUUCCAAGAGGACCUACCAGUGGUGCUGCAAGCUGCGACCCGGAGUUCGCCUCACGUGGUGCUGGAGGAAGGCAGAGCAAUCCUGAGGCUCUUCCUGACUGCCCAGAUCGGAGCAGUAUCAUCGGUUUUCCAGAGCUUCCUGAGCAUGAACGUGGACGUGUCUGCAAGGCUCCACCUCGGCGUCACGGACACAAGGAUGAUAAUCUCUGCAGCAGCGAUAGAGGAUAUCAAGCUCAGCCUGGCCGCCUCUGACGUGGGUCCUGUGCUGGCUGCCUUGCUGGAGGAGUUAUUCUUGCCCACAAUCCGUGAGGAGGUGCCAGCCCAGAUUAAUGUGGUCCUGAGAGGAGGUGUUUUCCUGCCCCACAUCGCCAGUUUCACCUACACCGAUGUCAAUGUCACAGUUCACAAGGAUUAUGUCUUGAUCCCCUGCAACCUCCAGCUAGAGGAGAGGACUGGCAAAGCAACCACCCUGGGCUGAAGUCUGGUAUCUGGAGUAAAACAGUGGCAAAAGCAUUCUGUCGACUCUCACAUCACACUCUGUGGUUUGUCACUGCUUGAAGUGUUGAAAAUCUUCUUUCUGGCCUUACUAAAACAUCAUGGUGUCAUAUUCAGGAUAAUAACAGCAUUGCACUAGCACCUUUCUCUUCCAGCCCUGCCCCUGGCACUUCCGUUGCACAGAAGAUGGAUUGUAACAACGUUCCGUGCUUUAAUUAAACAUUUCUCUUUAA